CCAGACACACGCGUCACUCCUCACUAGAGGUGCCAAACUCCUGCUCUGACACAACUCCGGGUCGGCGGAGAAGUGGGGAAGCUUUACGGUUUCUAAAAGGGGGGCACUCUGGUGAUUUAGACACCCCCUUCAGCCUCUUAUUAUUUCUGGGGAUAUCUACUUUUACUUUUUUCCCUCCGUCCUCUUGCGGUUUGGGUGAGAUUUACUGUGCGCGCUCUCCGGACAUGUCUUUCCCUCAGCUGGGGUACCCCCAGUUCCUCAGUGCCCCUCACGAGGUAUACGGGGGUGAGCGGCCGGCCUCUGCACGGGAAGGAGGAACCGAGGGCGGCUUGAGCUCGUCGGCUCAUAACUACAGUGCCUUUCUGCCGUACAGCGGAGCCACAGACCUCACCCUCAUCUCCCAGAUGAGUUCCCAGUAUGAGUUGAAGGACAGCCCAGGGUCCCACCCAGCCUCCCUGCCUGUCCACGCCGCUCAAGGCUUCUACCCGUACGGCCAGUAUCCGUACGGGGACCCGUCGAGGGCCAAAACCGCCACCCGGGAGACCACCAGCACCCUGAAGGCCUGGCUGCAGGAGCACCAGAAGAAUCCCUACCCGACUAAAGGAGAGAAGAUAAUGCUGGCUAUUAUAACCAGGAUGACACUCACACAGGUCUCAACGUGGUUUGCAAACGCCCGCAGACGCCUGAAGAAGGAGAACAAGGUAACUUGGGGCCGCAGCGCCGAGGAUCGGGACGGACGCAUCUUCAGCAGCGAUAAUGAGGACGAGCAUGCAAAGAACGGCAGCGACGACGAAGACGAAGAGGAGGAAAUUGAUUUGGAAACUGUCGAUAUUGAGAGACCCGAGGAGCAGCGAGCAGGGGAGCAGGGCUCCGCGAAGGGAGAGGCAGAGUCAGACCUGCCCGCCAGAGAACAGGCCUCGGAGCCGAAUAGCUCGGAAAGCAGGACUCUUUCUGUGGAGGGCCUCAGAGGCGUGGAGGCGGCCAUUUCUCUCAAUAAAUCGCCCGUUGUCAAACUCGCAGUGGAUCAUUCACCCAGCAGACAGGAGUGCCAGAGACCACUGCAGAGCAAACCCAAAAUCUGGUCCCUGGCUGAGACCGCUACAGCACCCGACAGCUCUCAUAAACCUUCCACUCCGGCCCAUGCGCAUCACGCGGCUUUGGCCUCCGCCAGCCACCCGGCCUUACUCCCGGGUCAUGGGAUAUAUACAUGCCAAAUUGGCAAGCUGCACAACUGGGCCAAUGCUGCUUUUCUGAACGCCAACUCUCUUUUGAACAUGAGAUCACUUCUUGGAGGAGCGCCGACCGGACACCUGUCUCUCCACGGCGCAGUGCCGGCUGCGCGUGAUGACGCACGGUCGACAGCAGUGGCCCCAGGAGCUUCGGGGACGGAGGAUGACAGUGAUGUAGAGUCGUCAGGAAGCUUCAGCCCAAAAAGAGAUGAGGAUGAGAGCGACCACAGGCUUGAUUCCCUAAAGUCCCCGUUCCAGUUGAUCACUGAGAGACCUCACCAUGCAACUGCUGCACAGCGAGUCCUGACAACAACAUUAUGAGAAGACAGAGCAAAAAAAGAAGAGGAAUAAUUUUAUUUAAUGGAGAGCAGUUUAAUGAAGGCUAUUUUUUGAUGGGGAAACCUGUCGUAGUAUUACUGUUUAGCGUAUACAUACACACCAGAUGGUUGUUUUUGUCACAGAUUUGCUUGUAACUUUCUGUUAUGUCUUAUGUUUUUCUUCACCUCUUCUGUUGUGAAUGGAACCUUUGAAAAUUGUAAAUACAGGAUAUGAAUUUGUCUUUAAAGAAUAUAUUUUUUGG